UUCAGGUACUUUUUCUGAAUGAUGAUGAAGUCCAAAGAAGAACCAUCUUCAUCAGAGUCUGAGGAGAAAGACGUUCAAGAAAGUGAAGAUGAAGAUGACUCACUGGAUGUCAUGAGAAAAGAACUCUCGGAGGUUCCUUUUGAAGAUCUUCAGAAGUUGCAAGAGAGAGUAGGCUCCAAAGUUUAUGAUAAAGCAUUGUUUGGUGGUAGCAGAGGAACUCCUAGAAACACAUCCACAGAGCAAGACGCCAGGAGAAAGAAGUUCAAACGAGCUAACAAAAACAGACCUCAGGAAGUGUCCUCCAAGGUUCCUGUAUCAAGAUUCAGAAAAGCCGUCCCAGUUAAGCAGACAGUGAGAAGGGAUCCACGUUUUGAUGACCUUUCAGGAAAGUUCAAUGAGCAGGCCUUCGAAUCCAGCUACUCGUUCCUGGAUGGGGUGUACAGUCGAGAGAAAAGGGAAGUGAAGAAAGAACUCAAGAAGGCUAAGACUGAGCAGAGGAAGGUGGAACUACAGAGAUUAUUACAAAGAAUGGAGCAACAGGAGAAAGCAAGAAUCAAGAAGCAGAGGGAGAAGGAGACGGGGAGAGAAGUCAAGAAACAAGAGAAGGAGUUGGUGAAGCAGGGCAAGAAACCGUUCUUCCUCAAGAAAUCUGAACAGAAGAAAAUGGAGUUGGCAAAUCGCUACAUGGAGCUGAAACAGAGCGGGAAACUGGCCAAGCAUCUGGCCCGGAAACGGAAGAAAAAUUCAGCCAAAGACAGAAGACAUCUCCCUGAUGUUAACUCAAAGCAUAGAUAACAGUGAGACAAUGUUCAUUGCCAUGGACACAAAGCUGCCUGGGGCAAUAUUAUCUACGUUUGACUAGUCUGUCUUCAAGACUGAAGUGAUUUUGUCAUCAGUGUUUGAAGUAGUCAAUUGGGCUUGUUUCUUUCUGGCAAGCAGACAUCAAGUGCCAAAUGAAUGAAUGCGUUAACGAUAAUUUACGUGAUAAGUGGAACCGAAUUUGAAUCCGAAUAAUUUGUAAUAAAAGCCGUAUCCUCUCUGAGUGAUCCAGUUUGCUAUUUCCCAGGUUUGCAGCAUGGCUAAUUAAUGUUGCUAGCAUCGGGACCUUGGAUGUGAUCCCUGGCUACAUGGCAUAGAGGUUUAAGGCAUCUGACUAGCGGACCUUGAACAAAGACAAUGACAAAAUGGGGAACCGCCAACAUAGGGCUGGAUAGCUCAGUUGGUAGAGCACUGGAAUGGCAAUCCGGAAGAUUGCAGGUGCAAACCCCGUUCCAGUCAAUUUCUUCCAGUGACAUGUACAUAGCUGCUUAACUUUCAAAGGUUCACCAGCCAAUUUUUUUGUCUUGUACAGUUUUAAAAGGAAAUCGGCAAUAUGGGCUAAUUCUUCACUGGAGGUCAUCUGCUCUCCAGUGUUGUCGAGGCCAACGCAAGUCCUCACAAGUCCGAGAUUCAGUCCCAAGUCAAGUCACGGAUUAUUGAAAUGAAUAGGGACCAAAUAUUAUUUGGUUAUGUUUAUUGUUCAUCCCUGGUUACUUGUGAUUCACACAUGUGAUGGGUUUGUAUUGAAGACUUGACUUUCAACACUACUUCUAUCUCGACUUGAAUUUAUGGUAAUAAACUCAAAUUGAAGAGGUAUGUCUAAAAUCCAUUGUUUUUU